AUGCCUUUCAAGCUCGCCAGCGCCGGCUUCUCAUUCUUCGUCGCUGGCGUCAAUGACGGCAGUCUCGGGGCUUUAAUCCCGUACGUGAUUCGCGACUACGGCAUCACGACAGCCAUUGUGUCCACUUUGUACGCCGCCAGCUUCGCUGGGUGGCUCACGGCAGCUCUGACCAACACGCACCUAACGCAGCGCCUCGGGCUGGGCACAAUGCUCGGGCUGGGCGCUGCGCUGCAGACGGCCGCGCAGGCGCUGCGCACGUGGCCGCCGGCGCCGCCGUUCGGCGUCUACGUGGCCACGUUCGCACUCACCAGCCUUGGCCAGGCGUACCAGGACACACACGUCAACACGUUUGUUGCGGGGUCGUCGUCGUCGGCGGGCGCGCACCGCUGGCUCGGCUUCAUCCACGCUGCGUACAUGGCCGGGUGUCUGGCGGGGCCGUUUGCAUCGUCGGCGAUUGCUUCUACCGCUCCUUCUGGUUCUAGUGAGUCGGCGCCGUCGCGCUGGUGGCUGUUCUACACGGUACCGCUCGGGCUGGGACUGGCGAACAUGGCGCUGGUGUUUGCCGCGUUCCGGGACUCGUUACCCUUUCGCUGGGGGCGGCAGACCGAUCUGUCGGUGCUGAGGGAAGGAGGACACGAGACCCGCGGCCCCAGCGCAACGGCACUGGUCAGACGCACGCUCAGCACGCCGAGCGUCUGGCUGCUGAGCCUCUUCUUCUUUUGCUACCUGGGCUUCGGCGUCACGGCCGGCGGGUGGGUGGUUGAGUAUCUUGUCGACGUGCGCAACGGCGACUUGGCGCACGUUGGCUACGUCCCGGCCGGGUUCAGCGGGGGCUGCCUGCUCGGCCGCGUCGUGCUGCCCGAGCCGACGCAUCGGUACGGCGAGAGGAGGAUGGUGUUUCUAUACUGCGUGUGCUGUCUGGUGUUUCAGUUAGUGUUUUGGCUCGUCCCCAAUAUCAUCGCAGCGUCUGUUGCCAUCAGUUUGCUGGGCUUCUUCUCCGGGCCGUUCUUUGCAACUGCCAUCUCCGUCGGUUCCAGACUCUUUCCGCCCGACAUCAGCGCCACGGCAAUUUCUUUCGUCUUCGUCUUUGCCCAGGUUGGCGGCUCCUUGUUCCCGAUUGUCACUGGAGUGCUUGGCUCCCACUUGGGCGUCGGGGUGAUGCAACCUGUGCUCGUGGGCUUGAUCGUUGCCACCACUGUCAGCUGGCUGCUAGUGCCGCAGCCGCCCAAGGAAAAGCAGUGA